AUGGGGGUUUUACCCGAGGUGACUAUUACUUCUACAUACUACGAAUUGCGGACAGCACCUGCAGAUAGGGAUGUACUAGCGCACGUGCCGAAGGUGCAGCGGCACCUAUGGGAGUACCACGAUGGUCGCAGCAUUAAUGAAGCCCUGCAAUCCUUCGCGGAUAUCACGGUGGACAUAACGGUUGCUAUUAAGCUCAUCGGCUUUGAAGGCGAAGGGAUCAACCACAUCAAAAUCCACGACGCGGACUUCCAGCGCUACCUGCGCGGCCUGCAUCUAGACGUUCAGACGACCGCACUGGAGCCGGAGCUGCACAAUUUGGUGGGUGCGCGUGUCUGGGGUGACCCCGGGGUAUGGGGGCGUGCGUGCGUGCGCGGCAAGUGGGAUCUUGGUGGAUGCGUAGGCCGUGCGACCCCGCCUGCACUUCCAGGUCAGCAAGGCGUCGACAGCACUGACGCAAAAGCUGGCGGGCGUGCUGACGUCAGCAAUCUUUGCCGCACGACAAGGUCGGAAUUCCGCAGCUGCCCGGGUAUGUUGUACGCCUCGGAACAGAUCACUGGCGGCGCCGGGUUUGCAUGGGUGGAUCUGGGGGCGGCUCCACACGCGUAUGGACCGCUGCGGGGCGGGCAGGGCCAGAUCUUCCCGCACAGCCUGCCCCAUGCCUCAAACUACCAGCCAAACGUCGCCAACCUCGCCAUUCUGCCCGAUCUGGCGGCCCUGGCGGCGUCUGCGGUACAGCACCUGGCCUGGCCGCCACUGCAGCACGACAAGCUGGCGCUGCCGCGUCCAUCAGGAGGCAAUGCGCUGCGGGUGCAGGUCGUUCAUAUACACGACACGCUGGCCAUCCCGCCCCGCAGUCUUCGGAAGGACGUGAUUGAGGUGGGUGGCUGCGAACACAACCGCAACCACAACCACAAUCCUAACCACUACCCAGCACGCACAAAGCCUUAUCAUCACCGCCACCACGCCGGGCUGCGCCAUCACGGCCCGACCAACGUGCAGAAAGAGCUAGAGCGGGCACUUCAGGGCAGCUCAUUCACGGUGGAGGUGCAGGAGUCCUUCUUGAGCUUCGCCAUGUGUGACCUUUGCGUCAACGCCUACACCAGUGCGCUCCGUAUACGGACUCAGCGGAAGGAGGGCAGCACCGUCCUCGCGACCACCGGGCAGAUAUUGGACCGAUUGGUGCUGCACCAGACUCUGACCCAGUACGCGGAUAUUAUCCUGGCGUAUGCGGGUGUGCACGAAACCCAGGACGUGCUGCCGGUGUUCCUGUUCGACUUGUCCAUGCGGGACGAAGCGCUGCUCCUGGACGGGACGUUGCAGGCCGCAGGGUUCCCCGACAUGGUGGUUGCAGUCGCCACACGCGCUAACACCGUGCACACGCGCUUCAGCUGUGGCCACACAGUCCGUCACGUCAACCCGUCGGAGGUGACGCGGGAGGUGCUGGGCGGCAUCCUGCAGUCAGCGUGUAACAGCAGGGGGGGCUGCCUGAACCAAGCUAGUACAGCCACCACAUUCCAGACCAAGCAAACGCCGAAAGCGUCCGCACGGUCCCCUGCAAUAGGCUCUGCUUUGCUCUCGACUGUGCAUUGGCCCUUAACCCGACAUUCGAUACUUAACACACCGAUCACACCCGGCCACCCGGCAGCCUUUGGCGUCCCGCACACCGCCCUGCGUUACCACCCCGCUUCGGGGACUGGUUGGAACUAUCUGUGGGAUCUUGGCGCCACGCCCUUCGGCCCGCUGUCGGACAUGACCUCGCUGAGUGCCGCCAUCGGCAGCACCAUGCGCCGCAACCUGGCAGUCGUGGAGCUGGACGUUCAGGCGGGACGGAUCGCGGCGUUGCUGCAGGGCCUGUCCCGCUUAUCUCCCAAGGGCAACUGGAAGGCGGCGGUACCUGCCAAGGAGGCUCGCAACCGCAUACACGCAAGGCUGAACGUGGCCGCCAUCAAAUUGGAACUGGCGGCUCUGGCGCUGUCGCAAGGUCGCAAUGCGGACGCGUUACGACUGGCCCGUCUGCUGUCCCACGACGCAUCCGCGCUGGAGCGUACAGCUCUUCGACUGGAGUCUGGUUUGCUGUCCAAGCUCCAGUGCCGCGGCACUACCGACUGGACGGUGUACAGGCACCAUGCAGCCAGUGUUGGCGGCGGCGUGUUUGUCACGUGUGCAUGGAUACGUGCACGUGUCAUGAAUUUCCGCAUGUAUGGUGUGUCCUGCGUCCUUUGUCAUGUCUGCGAUGUCACUGCACGGUCGUGUGUAGCAGGUUGCAGUGAGCAGGGCCAUACGUAG